AUGUCUUUCGACACUGAACAUGAUGAAGUAAUGUACAGAUUUCGUAAAGGAAUUGCCAAAGUUUCGAUCUCCACUAAUAUAACUAUAAUAGCUAGAGAUAUUGAAGUUAUGCAAGCUGAUCAUGAUACUUACUUGCAUCAUAUUGGUCGUACAGGUCAGUUUGGUAUAAUAACCAUCACAACUAUGUAG